AUGCUAUCCAGGACACUCUCAGACCACUCAGCGAUGGAUCUCUCAACAGGACUUAAGUCCCUGGAUAUCAGCCUUGAACAGCAAACCGUUUCUAUCGUCGCCGAACCCUCGCUUCCAUACGACGCCGUGCUCGCAGCCAUAAAGGAAAAGGGCAAAGAUGUUCACAGUGGCGAAAUUGACGGUGUCCCUCAUUCUAUCUAA